UGGAUUGGUAUAGGGCUAUGUGCCGGUGAUAGGAGAGAGAGAGAGAAAAGGAGAGGACUCUAAGAAAGGAGUAGGGCUGUGCAUUCGGCAUGGUGGAGGAAAAAAAGUGUAACUAAACAACAACGACACAACAAUGGCCAAUACGCACGUGGUGUGCGAGAAUGUGAAGUCUGAAGAAACAGAGGUAGAUGUUGCUGAGCCAUUGCAUUUGAACGAUGUUGAAGAUGACGGAGAGGUAGUUGCUGGGUGGGACCAUGAGGUCCGGCGGACAUGGCGAUGGACUGCACAUGAGCAUCAAGUAAGCAAGGAAAAUGGUGACCUUGGGCAGUUCACUGGAUCCCCCGCACGUAAUGACAAUAUGGGCAGGAGAGUUUCUGGGGAGUCAGCACAUCAACGUCAUGGAGGGCGUGGAUCAAGUUCUGGCCAACCUGUAAGACAAAGUGUUGGAUCUGAACAUAGCAUAGAACGGUCACCACUUCAUCCGCAUCAUCAAGCACAGAUCGUGGGAAAAGGUAGUGCAUCUCCUUCCUGGGAAGGAAAGAACUCGUAUGAUGGUAGCCACGGCACUCCUGGAAGAUCAAGAUUGAAGCCUCGAGGCGAUGAGACUCCCGAUAGAGGUGCCGCAGGUGUGGGUAAUCAGCCAUCUUAUCCCAAUGCACGGAAGCAAAACUCAGCUCGUCGAGUAAAUGGAGAAAGAGGGAAGCUGCUGCCAUGGUGAGGAAGGUGAUGGCGAAGAUUCUAGCGGACUAGGUUGAGGUCCGGCGGGCGGCCAAGGCGAGGUUGCCGCCCGCCGGUGAAGCGAGAAAUACUAAGGUCUUAACCUUGCUCUGAUACCAUGU